UGAGCAGCUCCAGUGAUUAGGUGGUCUUUUGUGGGGAAAGGUGCAAGUGCAGAUGCUGCAGAGCCGGCAGGCGCAACGGUGCCUACAAGUGCUGCCCGAGGCACAGGAGCAGAGCCCACCGCUUGGCCGGCGCCCUGAAAAGCCACUGCUGCUUGAGACGAGCCUGCCAGGCCACCAUCAGGGUGUGGCCACCAUCAGCCUGGGUGCAGCCCAUGCUCAGCUUCGGCGCCUGCGCAACUGCAGCUCCUCGUUGCUCAAGGAGGCCACCGUGACGUGCGUCGCACCCCACCACAGCAAGGUGUGCUUCACGUUUGAGUGCCCUGACUGCGAGAAGGUGGACGACAAGAUGGGCUUCAUCAUGACAGAGUGCGGUGUGGAAGGAGCGAGCUUGAGGCUGGUGGGUCAUGGUGGGCCACACAGCACCAACCCUGAGGCCCUGUACUCUGACGGAGAGCCAUCCUGUGAUGCUUUGCUCCUUCUUGAGAUCAAGACAGUCUGGUUCAACUUUGCUGCCCCUCCACGAACCACCAAUGCACACCGCACUGAUUUCACCAGGUUGGACUGGCAUCUUCUGAGCACAAUGACCCCAUCCAUAAAUGCCUGGCUCAAGCCGUGCGACCGGCUCUUGGUGGCUUUGCGCAAAGCUCAGCAGACAGAACAGCAGCGUCUUUGUGCGGUGCUUGCCUGGCUCAUGGCGGAGGCGAUGGAUGCACAAGGGGGACAUCUGCCACCUAGGGGAAAACAACUUUACGGAAAGCUGACGCCUCUUGCUCGAGCGCUUCAAGAGGAGCCAUCAUGCCAGUUGUUAUCCGCAUUGUGCCGUUUUCUGCCUGAGGCACCCAGCCCUGAAGAAUGCCUUGGCACCCAGUGUGUGCCACCACUGAGCACACUACGACGUGGUCUCUUGGCACUCAGCCGCCAGUGGAAACACCUGCUGUACAUGCCUCUGCUGGUGGAGCAGAACAGCCGGCUGCGCAAACGCACACGGCCGGAGCCACCAGCUCAACUGCUGGGUGUGCCCUUGCGUGAGGAUGAACCCCCGUCUGAUGAGACUGCUUGCCUGCUGGCCGAGGACGCCGCAGGUGCUGCGCAGGCGGCCAGGGAGGCCAAGACAAGCCGGCCAGGAGCAUUCCCACUUCUGGGUGCACCUCUGGAUUCCCCGCUGCAUUAUGGCGGUAUGCUGUAUCUUGGCAAAACGCUGGAGCACGGCAUCUCAUGCAUGGUAGCCAACAGUGGCCGUUUGCGAGGCUCACGCCACAGCCUGGCUACCUGGAGCUUUUCUAGCGUCGAGCCCAUUCUGCGCUCCUCCCUGGACCCAGCAAAUGAUGACGAGGACUUGUACAAUUGGAUGGCACGUCAGAGGGGGCCGUCAUCACCUCUCGACUCACCCUCAAGUCGCAGUGCACCACGUGAUUCGGGUGUGCCCACGGGAGGAAUUCCUGAUGCCCAAACUGUCUUUGAGCCACUCUUGGAAGUGCUGGGAGCCUGUGCCCUCAGUUUGCAAACACCAGGGCCACGACUAGCACUUUCAGCUUUGACAGAGCUUCUGCGCAUAGACCUUGUGGAAUCAGAGAGUCCGGAGCAGCCUCAGAGAAGGCGGUCCAAGCCUGGCCAGCGGCUUUUCGUGGACACAAGCACGGACACACCAGCUUUGGUGUGCGACCGGCUGGCAUUGGAACUUGACAUGCGUCACCCAGGAAGCCCUGGGACCUGUGCCCACAUUGCAGUAGAUGUGCAGUAUGUGGCUCAGCAGGUGAACAUGCCCUUGUUGCGACUGUUGAACCAGUUCUCAAGCAUGUACGAGAAUGUGAAAGAGACACGGCUGGAGCUGCAGUGCCGCCGACCUCGAGCUGACUCGGUGAUUGUGCAGCAGCAGCCAGGCCUUGGCGGCAGCCAAGAGUCGGUUGCCCCUGCACAGGCAGGGCAAGGCAUACCGCGCUGCUGGAAAACUAUGUGUUUCCUGCUCGACCUGUACGAGACAAUGCCCCCUUCACAGGCCUUGGCUGACAGGUUCACAAUAUCUGUGGGAGCUGAGCACAAGAUCGAUGCCUCUGAGGGCUACAGAGGCAAUGGCAAGUACGAGCACCUACAUGAGCAUCGGGUUGACAUGGAGAACGGGGAUUCUCAGGCCAGGCCAGGCCACAGAGAGAUGCCUUUACGACCAGCAGCUGCUGCUACUGAACGUGUACCAUUGGCAGUGUUUGCAAUGGGCCAUGUGAAGAGAAUCCGGCUUCUGGCCAUGCUCAGUGGACUUAGACUUGAGGCAGAGCUGUCUGGACUGCAGGCUAGCGGCACACAUAAGGAAACGCUUCGUGACGGAAGUCGCCAGAGUGAGUCAUCUGCAACCGGUCGCCUUGGACCAGCGAGUGUGGUCCUGCUAGAGGGCCAGCCUCCGAACCACCAAAUGGUGGUCACCAUGGCUGUUGGCACAUCACAGGCACUAGGCUCCAGCCGUGGCUGGGGUCCAACGGCACGGCAUGCGGCCCUGAUGUCAGUGGGGGCCGUGCACAUUGACAUACCGCAGCACCCCGUGGUGCUUCACAGCAUGGUCACUCGCUCAAGCAAGCAGCUGUCCACCACUCUACAGGAACUACGCCGCAGUGCUCCGGGGCGCACAGCUCAGCGGCCACCCAUGGAAGAGAGAACCCUGCAGGGUAGCCCCAUGCCACCAGCGAUGAAUCCACGACCUGCACCACCUGUCGUGAGGCUAGACCUGCUGUUGGAGGGACUGACGACUGGAGCGGCACUCUUGCCUUCUCUGCGGGCACACUACCACAUGGGGCCCCUGACUGGCACUGGUUGUACGGGUGCCCAGGCUCGCUUUACGGUUCACUUGCCCCAACACUCACUCAGUUUCAACACAAAGGUGCCCCCAGCGUGUGAAGCCAACCUUCCCUCACGUGCCAGUGUGGAGCUGCCACCUGUGCAGGUGGCGGCCGAGUAUCUGCAGGACCCAGGUGGGCCCUCGCAGAGGGAUGCUGAUGGUGUAGUGCUGCGUCGGGGCUCCUACCUCAGCGCCCUCGCCGAGAUUGGCACGUUUGAGCACAGCCUCACCACCGACUUGCUCAACCACCUGGUGCUCGUGCAGAAGGUCUUUAUGAAGGAGGUGAAUGAGGUUGUGCAGAAGAUGUCUGGCACACGGCCACUGCGCCUCUGGGAGGGUGGCGGUGGCAGCAGCAGCAGCAGUGCUUUGGGUGGCGGCCAGCUGCUAUUCUCCCUGCAGCUGCGACUGCGGGGCAUCCGGCUUACUGCGACGACCCCCACAGCUAGUGCUGUGCGCCUUGAGACUGGCACCCUCGACCUGCAGCUCUCCAACAGGGUGCAGAAUGCCUCGCGUGCGGUCACAGCCAUGAAACUGUUUGGGAAAGGCCAGGUGGACCUCAGCCUGGCUCUGGGCCAACUGGUCAAGGUACUGACAGCCACCCAACAGCUGUUUGAGCGGGUGCCCCAGUUUCCUCAGCUGAGCAGCCAAGCACUGGGCACUCUAUUCCUCCAGCUGACAGUGCAAGACCUGGGCAUUUGCAUGCCCCUGAACAAAGGGACACUAACGAACAGCAGGCUGUUUGAUGCUGAUGCCACUCCAGCAGUUGUGGUGACUCUGGAGAACACACGGAUCUCCGCUUGCUCAUGUGGUUCCCUUGUGAGCAAAGCUCGAUUCACAGGAUUGUGUCUACGGUUUGCGGAUGAGUUUGAGGUGUCUAUGGAGGAUUGGAAGCCAAGUGAUGCCACUACUACAAACCUGUGUGUGGUGUCUGAGGGCACUUACGAGAUCUGCUCCCGCACUAUUGCGGCCCAAGCUGGCAGCAAUGCCAAGUGGAUUCUGAAUGUCCAGUGGCAAAUGGAGGGUGUGGACAUUCAUGUUGAUGUGGGCAUCAGCAAGGCUCUGUCAGCUUUGUUCCGAACACUCACUGCCCUGACGGGAGAAGGUGACGAGGGUGAAAGCCCUGAGGAGCAAGCCCGUACAGCACAGGAACCAGUGACCCUGCGACAUGCCUGCUUGUUGCUGGACCCCAGUGUGGAUGCCAAGAAGCGCUCCAGGCUGAUUGAGAAAGAGAUGAAUGAGCAGGCCAAGAUCAUCAGCGACCUGCGCUUCUUGGGUGCCAGCCAGAGCACCAUUGAGCAAGAGGAGAGGCGGCUUAAGGAGCUCGAGACGGCCGUCUUCAAUGACUUCCGCCGAGAUGUGAUCAAGAAGCUACGCAGGCAGAGUGUCAAGGCAGCAUCCAUCAAGGACAAGCUUGGUCUGGGCACUAUGUCCCGUUUGCCUGCCGAUACGCCCGAGGAAGAGGUCCGAAUGGCCAACCACCUGGAGCAUGCGACGCCGCCAUCUUCUGGAGGAGGAGUUCCCGUCUCCCCAACCAAAGAUGGUGGCGCACACACACGCACAGCCUCAUUUGACAUGUCGGACUUGCCAGCCACCCCAAGGCGGCCCAUGUCGCUGGUCCACAGGGAGCUCUCGCUUGACAGCGUCUUCUCGCAGACAACGGCUAGCGUGACCAAUAGUGGAGCACCAACUCCCACUAGUGAGCCCUCGGAGCCAGCCCUAAGCCCGCAGGAUGACAUUUUACCACCACCGGUCGCUGAGGCACGUGCAGGCCAAACCACGCCUGUGCCCUCGAAGCAGCAGCAGCAGGUGGAGCCCAGCAUUGACUUUGAGCUGGACAUCAAGGUGUUCUUCAACAGUGGCAAGUGUGUGCUGCACACCAGGGACCAUGAAGAUGAGACCAUCAAAAUGAGCCGUCCUAUGCGCAAGGAGCGCAGCUUCUCUGGAGGCCUUCCAGACGGUGGCUCCCCAACCAGACGUCGCAGUGGUCCUCGCAGCCAUCCUUCAUCCUCUCGAAUGCGCUUCCCCCCUGUGGCCUCAGCCACUCCCAGCCAGGUGACAACGGACUUCACAGUGUUUCUGGUGCCAGGCCUAGAUGUGAAGGUGCACUACAACUCGUGGACCAUGGGAGGGGAGAGUCCAGUUGAUCCACCUGCUCGCAAAGGGGGCACUAAAAAGGCCACACUAUUUGCUUGGAUAACACUGCAAAGCAUCCCAGAGGAAACAGUGAUAAGCCCGCACAUCCUGGACUUCCUGGAACAAGCACUUGAAGCCAUACCCAUGCAGCAGGCUGCAAAAGCAUCCCCUGUGGCAUCAGUUGAUGGAGGCCUGGUUCUAGAAGAGAGCCAGUAUGGCUCUUUUCCAGUGGACGUCAUCGUCUACUUCCGCAUGCAGCCGUCCAUCUUGCGCUUCAGCUGCUUGCCCGUGUCACGAGUGGAAUGCUUGUUGCGGCUUCCCUCAGUUGACCUGGCCUUUUCGUCCAAACGUGCCGAUGAGGGGCCAGUGGGCGGCUUGUCAGCCACGGGCUGCCUGGCCGACUUCUCCCUCUACAUUUUCCACCCAUAUGGUGGAGCCAAAAAGAUGGCUGCCACGGCUGAUGCUUCCCCGCUGGCUGUCACAGAGCGCAAGGACUCAUUGUCACUGCAAGUGGAGUUUGUCAAGGUCAACAUGAGCCGCAGCCGUCACAUUGGUGUGGACAAUGGCCGAGCCCUGAUCCGUUUCUCAGCACUGUGUGAUGUUGGCUCUGCCUCAUUUAAGUAUGACAUGAGACGUCUGACAGAGAUUCUGGCUUUCCCCAAAGCCUGGUAUCGACGUAGCAUCGCUCGCCGCAUGUUCCUAGGAGAUCCCGCCACAGCAGGCUCAGCUUUUGGUGACCAAGCCGAAGACUCAGCCGAAACGAGUAGCAGCAGUGGAACCCUGUCCCCAAGUCGAGCUGAUUCAUUCCCCUUUGGAAGCUUGGAGCUUGGCUCACCUGAAGAGGAAGCAGCUCCCUCUCCUCAAGAACGGCCAGCACCUCCCAGGGGUCAAGCAUGGGAGACACUUCUGCUGUAUGCUUUGAACCUGUCCCGUCUUAAUGUUCAUAUGAACAUGGGCAACGUUAUGGGCAAUACUUCGUGGCUGACGCAAGGCUUCAGGUCCCAAGGUCGCCUGGCGAUUGACAGUCGUGGCCAUAAGGACCUGAAUUUGGCAGUGGACCUUGAUGGCUCUAGCCUUGAUGCCAAAGGAGGCAUUGUUGGUGGGGCCAUCGAGCUAAGCCGUAUCCACACACACAUGGGCCUGCAGGAGAGCUGGGGCCGGGAGCCAGUGCACACAUUGACGCUGGCAUUGUGGGCAGCUGAGAGUCGACUUGACUACAUGGGCAGCAGUGUGCUCAUGGGCCGAGUUUCUCAGCUCACUGUGGAGCUGCGGGAUGAGUGGCGGCUCUGUGAAGGCUGUGAGGCUACGAAGCGACCGGCCCUGCUGUUUGUCCACGGCCAGGUGCACUGGGACCAGCUGCAGUUACUGAUCUCCAAGUCAACCACACCCGACCUGGCCAAGAUGGGUGCCAAGCUGGAGGAGUUCUUCUCCCAGCAGUUCCACAGCAGUCGACGUGUGUUCUCGUCCAUGCGGCUGGCUGGGCCUCGACCACGUCGUGCUGACCGCAUGGGUGGGGGGGGAGACGAGAGCCGGCAUGCCCACCAGCGACAUUGGCAAGGGGCCCUAGCACUGGUCUCGGGCCUGCAGCUGGGUUGGGGUCUACGCCUGCCCCUGCAUGGCACCUUGGUGGGCGGGAGCAUGGACCUGCGAGGUGGGAAUGUCUCGCUCGCCUGUUUUCACGGCGUCAGCUUUCGAUCCAAGGCCUGGGCCCUGUUCAGCCUUCGGCAUCCCAGCAUACACUUUGCCACUGAGGCCCAGGAUGUGCUUGGCCCACAGGCGGCCGUGGACACGCAUGUCGUGCAGCACCUGACUUUUCGUCUGGGUCAUGCGGCUGGAUCCUCGGGCAGCACUGGCAGUAUGGCCACCGUUUGCCGCAUCAGUCGCAACGUCCUCUUCCCACCGCAGUUCAAGAGUGUGAGCGAGUGGUUCCAGUAUGCAUUUGCCAGCAGUGAGCUGGAUGAUGUGGGUCGCUUCCCUGUGUUUGAAGGACGACCCACACCACCACGCCCACCUGAGGCUGGCCACACAAUGGAGAUGAUCUUUGCCUUCCCCAGCCUUGAGCUGCACAUGAAGACAGAGCAGUUGCAGGGCGAGCACAGUCCGGGACCUGACGAUUCCAGACCAGUGGUGGAGUGCAGCUUUGUCACUGAGUUCGACGACCACAUCUUUGUGGCUGUGGAUGCAGAAGCUUUCUUUUUCCUGCACAACCUGAUUGUGUCCUACAUCCGAGAAAAAGAUGGUGGUGGAGCAGCCAAGAGCCAGUCACCAGAAAGUGAGCGGCGAAAGCGAAGUGUAGCAGAGUCAUUGGAGUCCCUGCACCGAGACUUUCGUGAUUAUCAGUGCUACACCUGGCACCUUGAGCCCACUGUGCGCCUCCUAUCGUGGGCGGGCAAGGGCAUUGAACCUUAUGGCGUGGACUACAUUUUGCACAAGCUGGGCUUUUCUCAUGCUCGUGUUACUAUACCAAAGUGGCUGCAGCGAGGAUGCAUGGACCCCCUGGACCUGUUCUUGUCGCUCAUGCUGGAGCGCAUGCUCAAGGCUGUGCGACAGCACUGAUGUACUGUCCAGUGGAUGUUGCUGCAGCUUAGGCUAAUGAGCAAUGAUUGUGAUUUAUUGAGUCAUGGUUGUACAGCAACCUUAAGUUAAACUUUGCUUUUUGCAUGAAUGAAACAUGCAUGAAGCAAAUUUAUGUAUAAUUUGUAGUAUAUUGUUAAGGCUUUCAGUGAUUGUUUUGUUUGCAUUGUGUUCUGUAUGCACACUGAUGUGUUGAUGUU